UAUUAUGAAAAAAUAAUUUUUAUCAAUUUUAUUAUAUUCUUUCUUAUUUAACGCGUAUUUUUGUAAUACUUGAUAAUGAAUUCUUCACGGGGCGUUUUAUUCGUCAAUUACAACCCUGCACUCUAAGCCGACGCGCGACGUUAGGGGUUCUUGGCCUGCAGAUGAACGUAAAGCACAGUAGGUUACUGAUACGAGGGGUUGUUAACAUCAGCACUGCUUACAUAAGUGUUGGUUUCUUAAAUGUCGAUAGAUAUGUACAAAUUAAAGUCACAACGUGAGAAGUGUUUGCUAAAUCUUUCUUCAAAGGGCGUUAACAGCAAUUAGUUUUUAGAGGAUUAUACGAGCAACGCUAACUUCCAUGUAUAUAAAAGAUCGGAUUAAAUCUCUACUGAAAUUAACAAGCGCAAAAAAAUCAUUUUUUGGUCUCUAAACCGGUGUUUGCUAAUAAAUUGUCAUGUCUCUGCAUUGAAAUAUCUCUCCAUUUUACACAAAAUGAAAUCUAUCCCGUAGAUAUUUCGGUAAAAUGCUGACCUGACACUACGGUUCAGUCGAUGUUAGCAAUCAACUGCGUGACAGAAGUUCGAUGAUUACGGGAGUUUCGCUCAUAACUUUAUUCUCUCUAUCACAUGCGAUAUCAGUCUGUAACUUCCUAAUCUAAUGAAUAAAUUUUUUUAUUAUCAAUGUGAACAAUACGAUCGCUUUGUCUUCUUUUCAUUGUCUUUAAUCUCCAGGACAUGGGAAUUAUAGACAUUUAUCACUAUCUUGUCGACGAAAUUUCGGAUCCUAGAGUUUCUGACUGGCCCUUGAUGUCAAAUCCAUUUGGUAUAACAUUGAUAUCACUCGUUUAUUUAUCUUUUGUGCUUUAUUUCGGACCGCUUUAUAUGAAAGACAGAAAACCUUAUGCGCUCGUCAAAACUAUGAUAUGUUAUAAUAUAUCUGUCGCAACUGCAAGCGCUAUUAUAUUCUAUGGUAUACUCACGUCUGGUUAUACAACGCAUCUUUCUGCGGGAUGUGAACCGUUUGUGAUUUCAGAUGAUUCUAUGUCGCUUAGCUUUUAUUUACAGAUGGCUCAAUGGGUAUGGUGGAUUUUAAUUCUGAAAAUCAUUGAGCUUGCAGACACUGUCAUUUUUAUUCUCAGGAAAAAAUAUAAUCAAAUUUCAUUUCUUCACAUAUAUCAUCACACAGCGACUCUUUUUUUGGCAUGGAUUUCUUGUAAAUAUGCACCUGGUGGCAUGUGGACCUUUAUAAUAAUGCCUAAUUGCGCAGUACAUGUAAUUAUGUACAUAUAUUAUCUUUGUACUUGCUUGGGACCAAAAAUGCAGAAAAGAAUAACCCCUUGGAAGAAAUACAUAACUCGUUUGCAACUGAUUCAAUUUGCUAUUAUGGUGGUCCAUACGUUCCAAGCACUUCUACCGUCUUGCGAACCAACGCGAAAACCAUUAGCAUACAUUUACAUGUCCCAAAUUGCCUUCAUGUUCUAUAUGUUCUUAGACUAUUAUAGAAAGUCAUACUUGCAGAAAAAGAUUGAGUAAAUAUUAAAAGUAAUGUCUUAUGAUAAUGCAAUAUUCAUAAUCCGUAAGCAUAGACAUAGAAGAUUCGAUGCGUCCGCAUUGGAUUUAAAUAAAUAAUUUAAUCAUGUCAAUGAACAAAUAAGGUUUCUCUCUGAUAUAUGCAUAGGUUAAUUUAUAGUUAAUCUGGUAAAUAGGAAUGCAUGCAAAUAUUCGAUAAAUUAUAAUAAUCACUAUUCUAAAUGGAUUAAAUGGAAAGAGCAAAAUUUUAAUUAUGCGGAAAUUUAUAAAUUGUAUAAAACAGUAAGAAUUUAUAUUAAUUAAUUAAAUUUUUGCUUGUACUAAAAUUUUUUUAAUUAUAUUUUUUCAACAUGCUACAUAGCUAAUUCAAUCAGCGUUAGUAUUGUACUGGCGUCUUAUAAAUUAGUGGAACAAAGUGAGCAGAAUCAAUUCAAACUAAUUUUUUUAUUUGUUGCUCAUUUGUUGCUAAAAAGUUGCCAAAAAAAAUGUAUUGCUCAAUUAAUUUUUUUUUUCUAAUAAUGUUCCGCUAAAAGAAGUUUAAGUUAGCGGGAUAAUACUCUUAUAUCGCAAAAAUCACACGCAAAAGCAACGUCAAAAUUUGUUGCUAAUGUUUAUUUGUUGUUCACAAAAUAUGCUACUCUCGAUAUUGUUACUUGCAAAAUAAGUACCAAUAACAAUAAACAAUCACCCAUUAUACAGAGAGUUACAAGAGUAAACUAUAAGAAAUAAAUUUGUUACUCGUAUAACUAUGUUUCCGAAAUAAUCCUCAGCCAUCGUACUAUCGAAAUAUGUCAAGAUUUGAAAUUAUUGCUAACCAUAAGACACUAAAGAUAAUUAAUUUACCCAGGGAACGCGCGUGUUGCGCACUGUAGGCACGUUAAUGAAUAUCAAAAAAUGUGUUCACUGGUAUAAUCAUGGUAUCAAAAUAAUCCACGAAUAUCGUACUAUUAAAAUAUGUAAAGUUCUGAAUUUUACUAACCAUAAGAUAAUUAAUUUUAAGUAAUUAAUUAGAGAUAAUUAAUUUAUUCGGGGAACGCACGCGUUGCGCGCUGUAGGCACGUUAGCGAAUGUCAAAAAAUGUGUUUGCCGGUAUAAUCAUGGUAUCAAGCUUGCGCGAUAAUAUUAUGCCUUAAUCCUGCGCAGGACAUUUGAAAAGCAUGCAAAUAUAAUGAGAAAAUUUAUUAUUGACUCACCGACCGAUGCGCAACGAGCAGAGUUACUCAGCCACGAAGCUACGAUGAUACUGUAACACAAAAAUAUAAGA